AGAGAAGGAAGGAGGACUAAGAAAGCAAUGACCUUGCUGCUGUCACUGUAUCCCAAGAUACUCUAGCGGAACGGUGUCCAGUCAAGUUCAAGCUACACCAGUGCGUUGUCAGGUAGAGUUGGGAUCUUCCCCUUGCACUCGUUCCUACGUUUUUUAAAGUUAAUUCGGCGUUGCUCGAUCGUUUGUUUCGGUUUCAGUGCACUGUGCUGAUUUUUAAUAUUCUACCACUGUCGAAGGCUCGUACAAUUCUGAUAACCGGGACAACCAAGUGGAUGAACAUUUACUGGCAGAAAGCCGUACGAUGUUUGUAUUAAAAGAGGAAACCCUGGCUAGGAACUCUAGAACCGGCUGCCCUUCGUCGACCUUAUGGUUGUACCUUACGGUGGAAUUUUUGAUUGGUACGUUUCUAUCCGGCAUUCUGGCCAUUCUCGCGAUCGUUAAAGCCCUGCUGCCGAAACCACCCAGAGAUCUAACCGGCGAUGUAGUAGUGAUAGCUGGUACAGCGUCAUCCUUAGGCGUGGCUCUCGCGGAAGAGUUUGCCAAGGAUGGGUGUUCCGUGAUCUGCGUGGACAGCGACUCGAAUUUGAUCGAGGAAACGGUCUCCAGACUGAGAACGAGUUAUCCCAGGAUCGAGGAAGUUGAAUCAAGGCACAGUAAGAACGACACACCGCGGCUAAAAUCAACGAUAUCGUCUUACGAGUGCAACUUGCUGAACAAGGAUGAUAUAGGAAGAACAGCGCGGAAGAUCAAGGACGAGAUUGGAAGAGUCGACGUCCUGGUAACCUGCGUCGGUACAGUGGACCAGGAUAUUUUUGACACGGCCAGCAAGACCUUGAUGAGUCAUUUCUGGACGGUUUUAGCAUUUUUACCAUUGAUGCUGUACCAGAAACGAGCACACAUUGUUGGUGUCACGCCAGUAGCAUCAAGUACCGAUGCGUAUCACAGUUCAAGGGCAGCAAUAACUAGUCUUAUGGAGAGCUUGGGCCAAGAAUUGAGUAAUCACAGUAGCCACCUAAUGUUCCUGGCAUUCUCGCCAAUCGCAGACCACUGUGCACUGAAAGAGAGGAAGCAACAGGUAGCGAGAGACAUCGUGCAUGCAGUCAGAACGGACCAAAGCAACUUGAGUGUCAGUUGGAUGUCCAGGUUUCUAUAUCGCCUAAGUUGCGCUACGUACCACGGAAUAACAACGUUCAUGGAGUUUAUUUACUCGCAAGGAUGCGAUUAUUCAGCAUAAAUCUCACUCAGUUUUCUAGAUCACGAAGAAUAGCGUUAAUGAAACAAGAACAG